CUGACAGCCCACAUCACAUGGACGGUUGUCUAUUAACUUGUUUCAAAAAAGUAGCAGGACUUGUCACAAGCGCAGGGAGGGACAGCAGUUGGCUCAGCUGCCCGAGAGCAGAAACCGAGAGAGAGAGAGAGGCUGUGGCGGGAGAGAGAAAGUGAAGAUAGUUUGGGAAACUGUGGGAAACUGAUUCCGCUCUGCCAGCCUUUGCUCCCCACACGCCGCCUCGAUGUACAGCAUGAUGGAGACCGAGCUCAAGCCCCCCGCCCCCCAGCAGCCAUCGGGGGGCAACUCCAACUCUGCGUCCAACAACCAGAAUAAGAACAGCCCGGACCGAGUGAAGAGACCCAUGAACGCUUUCAUGGUAUGGUCCAGGGGCCAGAGGAGAAAGAUGGCUCAGGAGAACCCCAAGAUGCACAACUCGGAGAUCAGCAAGAGGCUGGGGGCUGAGUGGAAGCUCCUCUCCGAGGCCGAGAAAAGACCCUUCAUCGACGAGGCCAAGAGGCUGCGAGCUCUGCACAUGAAGGAGCAUCCGGAUUAUAAAUACAGGCCCAGGAGGAAAACCAAAACCCUCAUGAAGAAGGAUAAGUACACUCUGCCCGGGGGCUUGCUGGCUCCUGGGGCCAACGCCAUGACUUCUGGGGUCGGGGGCAGCCUGGGGGCCGGGGUCAACCAGAGGAUGGACACUUAUGCCCACAUGAACGGCUGGACCAACGGGGGGUAUGGCAUGAUGCAAGAGCAGCUCGGAUACCCCCAACACCCGGGCCUCAACGCGCACAACGCGCCCCAGAUGCAGCCCAUGCACCGCUAUGAUGUCAGUGCCCUGCAAUAUAACUCCAUGAGCAGCUCGCAGACUUACAUGAACGGCUCGCCUACCUACAGCAUGUCCUACUCCCAACAAGGGGCCCCGGGCAUGUCUCUGGGAUCCAUGGGCUCGGUAGUCAAGUCGGAAUCCAGCUCCAGUCCACCUGUAGUCACCUCUUCUUCCCAUUCGCGGGCUCCGUGCCAGGCAGGGGACCUCCGGGACAUGAUCAGCAUGUACCUACCUGGGGCAGAAGUGCCAGAGUCCGCAGCGCAAAGCAGACUGCACAUGUCGCAACACUAUCAGAGUGCCUCAGUAGCGGGCACAGGGAUCAAUGGCACGCUGCCUCUGUCGCACAUGUGAAAAAGGCAAUACUGAAGAAACUUUUAUAUCC